AUCCCUGCUUGCUCUUCGUCUUCGAUGACAGAAGCACGAGCAGAAAAAAGAGAAACAGAGAAAGAAAAAACUUUCCUGCAAUCUCUCAAAAUUCGUAACUUUCAUUCCGGAAGUCCGAUUGAAAAACAGUGAAUCGAACCCAACGAGCGUUCUGAGCUUUUUCUUGCCCAAUUUGACUUCUUGGAGCUUAACUGAAGGCUAGUGAACGAAUUCUGAGACAAGAAGUUGGUAGAUUUCAGCGGCAUGAUGGGUAAUUGCUCAGGUGGAUGAAAGAUAUGCCUAGAACAGGUGACGCUACUUCAUUCAAUCCCAGGGCUCCGCAUGAUGAGGACAUGGCUAAGGUUUUGCAAGCCAUCAAGCAAAUGGCUAGCCUUGCGCUUGAGGGCACAUCCGGAAUUGAUCAGAGGCUGAAAUUUUUGAAGGUUUUCAUUAGUCUGUCACCCCCACAGUAUGCAGGAAAUCCUGAUGAACCGUUAGAAGGGGUGGAGUGGCUCGAAAGGAUAAAGCAAUGUUUUGAUGUAAGUGACGUCCCCGAAGACCUAAAAGUUGGGUUUGCCACAUACUGUCUUGUUGGAGCGGCUCACUACUGGUGGGAAUUUGUUAAAAGGAUCCGUGAUGUUAAAUCCGUCACUUGGGCAGAAUUUGAGGAGCUGUUUUUGAAUAUGUAUUUUCCUGAAACUAUAAGGAAUGCUAAAUGCGAAGAAUUUCUAAGGUUGACCCAAGGAAACAUGACCGUUGCUCAGUUCGAAUCUAAAUUCCUUCAGCUGUCACGACAUGCACCCCAUCUUGUGCGUACAGAUGAACAGAGGGCAGAAAAGUUUCUAAUGGGACUGAGGCCUUCCAUAGGAUCAAAGGUAGCUGUAAUACCGCAUGAUACUUAUCUUAAGGUGAGGGCAGCGGCUUUGUUAGUGGAAAGAUCUUUUGACAUUCUGGCAGAGCAAGAGUCGUUUGAGGGAGCUUCUAGUGCAGGGGAGAAAAGGCCAAGAAAGCAGUACAUUUGCCACCACUGUGGCGAGCCUGGUCAUAUCCGGCCAAAUUGCCCUGAAUUUCAGCCUCCUUCCCCUUCCUAUCCCUACUGAAGGCACUUAAACUCGCGUGCUUUCGGAAAGUUUUAUCAGAAUCUCAUCCUAAUAAUGGAAGGCACGAAUGGUUGCAACACCAAGUGAAUAAUGUGUGUGUAAUAGUUUGUAAGACUUUCAAUAUGUCUUGCCCUUGUUUUGGUACGGAACCGUCCUUCCGACUCUUGUUCCAUUUGAUCUUUGUGGAUAGGGAAUCUGUUUUGCAAGUGUCACUUGCUAGUAUGAUCUAUGACAAACGAUUGGAAAGUUACUCUAAA